GAGGACAAUUAAACUCGUAUGGAGGAGUCUUAUGGACGCUAUCAAUAUGAACAAAAUAAUAUGAACAACGCGCGCGGUGUAAAUAAUGACAACAAAAUGUGGUUAUCAUCAACCGUAAGGCAACCAACAUCAUCAUGGGAUUUAUAUCAAGAGCCGUCUUAUUCGACGAGGACGAAGGCGGCGGCGAAGGAGACAAAGAGCACGUGGUGGUGGAAUGAUGCUGAGAGGAAGAGAAAACGGAGGGUGGCCAAAUACAAGCUUUAUGCAACUGAAGGCAAGUUCAAGCAUAGUAUCAAGAAAGGUUUUCGUUGGCUCAAGAUCAAAUGGAUCAAGAUGGUAAAAGAUUAUUAAUUAAUUAGAUUCAUACACAACACGUAUGCAUAUAUGAGUUGGAAAAUUUGGAAUUCAUUGUAAUAUCUUGUGUGUUGUCUUAUAAAUAAUCAUCGUAACUGCUUGCAUAAAUGUUUGUAUUUUUGUAGCAACCUUCUUUUUUGGUAAU